AUGUGUACAAAGAUGGUCCAAGUCUUUUGGGGAUGCUUCCUCCUGUGGAAUUUCUACAUCUCAUCUGCUCAGACUACAUACCCUGGAAUCAAGGCAAGGGCUACUCAGCGGGCUCUGGACUAUGCUGUUCAAGCUGGGAUGGAGAUUAUUGAGCAAAUGGCCAAAGAAAGAAACAUCCCAGAUUUAAAAGGUUCUGAGUCUCUUGAAUUUCUGAAGGUUGAUUAUGUGAACUACAAUUUUUCAAACAUAAAAAUCAACGCCUUAUCAUUCCCAAACACUUCAUUAGCCUUUGUGCCUGGGGUGGGAAUCAAGGCGCUGACCAACCACGGCACUGCCAACAUCAGCACCAACUGGGAAGUCAAGUCUCCACUUUUCCAAGACUCAGGAGGGGCUAAUCUGUUUCUCUCUGGGGUCUACUUCACUGGUAUCCUUAUCGUGGGCCGAAAUGACUUUGGUCAACCCAUCCUGAAGCUCCAAGACUGCUAUGCCCAAGUGAGCCAUGCCCAUGUCUCAUUUACUGGAGAACUCAGUGUCCUGUAUAACUCCUUUGCUGAGCCCAUGGAGAAACCCAUUUUAAAGAACUUAAAUGAAAUGCUCUGUCCCAUUAUCAUGGGUGAGGUGGAAGCACUGAAUGCCAAUCUCAGCAUGCUGGAAGUCUUAACCAAGAUCAACAACUAUACCCUGCUGGAUUAUUCCCUAAUGAGUCCUCCAGAAAUUACUGAGAACUACAUUGACCUGAAUUUGAAGGGCGUAUUCUAUCCACUGGAAAACCUCACUGACCCCCCCUUCUCCCCGGUGCCUUUUGUGCUCCCAGAACGCAGCAACUCCAUGCUCUACAUUGGAAUCUCCGAGUAUUUCUUUAAAUCUGCAUCUUUCGCUCAUUUUUCUGCUGGGGCUUUCAACGUCACUCUCUCCACGAAAGAGAUUUCCAGCCAUUUGGUUCAAAACUCUCAAGGCAUCGGCAAUGUGCUCUCCCGGAUUGCAGAGACCUACAUCUUAUCCCAGCCCUUCAUGGUUCGCAUCAUGGCCACGGAGCCUCCCGUGAUCAAUUUACUACCAGGGAACUUCACCCUGGACAUUCCUGCCUCCAUCAUGAUACUCACCCAGCCUGAGAACUCAACUACUGAAACCAUCGUUUCCAUGGACUUUGUCGCCAGUACCAGUGUUGGCUUGGUUAUCUUGGGACAAAGGCUGGUCUGCUCCUUGUCUCUGAACAGGUUCCGUCUCUCUUUGCCAGAGUCCAAUCGCGGCAACAUUGAGGUCCUGAGGUUUGAAAAUAUUCUGUCCGCCAUCCUCCACUUUGGCGUCCUCCCACUGGCCAAUGCAAAAUUGCAGCAAGGAUUUCCUCUGCCCAACCCACACAAAAUCUCAUUGGUCAAUUCAGACAUCGAAGUCCUUGAGCAUUUCCUUUUGAUUUCCACUGACCUGAAGUAUGAAACGCCCUUAAAACAGCAACCAAGUUUCUACGGUUGGGAAGGUCUGAACCUGAUAGGUGGACAAUGGAGGGGGAAAUCAGUCCCCUGAUUGCCCAUUUUGAGUCCACUCCAGGAAGUCAAUGGCCCUUAAUCCCACCUGCUGUAAACCCAGAGGGAGAAGACAGUGCACACUGGAGCCUUAACGUCCUUGUGAAACGCUAGGCUUAAAGCUUUCCUUCUCCAGCCCUCAGGGACAGCAGGAGGCGAACUGGGUUAAAAGCUAAAUCAGGGUG